UGUGACUGCAGUGACUCUGACCGUGAGGUCGUGGCUUCGAGUCCCGACUGCGGCAGGUUUAUCCACACUAAACUAAACAGCUAGGUCGAAUUCAGCCGCUGUCUGGAUGAGAAAUUUAGCGGACGACUGUGCUUAUCGCCAUUGAAAUAAAAUUCUUUGGAGCAUCUGAGGUAAAGUGGCAAGAGCAUUAUACCCAAAGGCAAGGAAAUCGCAACGUGACGAGGACCAUAGUGUACUACGCACAAGAAGUAUACAUUGACAAUACUGCCUGCGUUCUCGGUGGUCAAGAUGGUGAUACAACAUUACCUCCUGGAGAAUAUACGUAUCACUUCGCUCUGGUCUUGCCUCCGGCAUUACCAUCCUCGUUUGAAGGAACUAUUGGCCAUGUGCGAUAUACAGUGAAGGCCAAGAUUGUGCGACCUUGGAGAUUCAAUCAUGAAAGCAAAGUGGCUUAUUCAGUUUUAAGCGUUUUGGACUUAAAUAACGUCGCAAAUAUACAGAAAGUGAUGUACACCGCAGCAUCCGGCUUUAAUGUGAAGAGCAUGGAGGCCCGGAUUGCUGUUGAACAAGAAACACUUGGUGUCGUGGAGAAGAAAGGCUCAAAGAACUUUCAAUCGGGUAUGGUCAUCCCUCCUCUGCCCACGUCAUUUCUCUUGUAUUGCAACUGCAUCGAAAUUGCUUAUUUUCUAGAGGUUGAAGGUGUAAUCUCUGGUGUGCACACAAACGCUGUCAUGGAAAUUCCCAUAGUGAUUGGGAUGAUUCCUUUGAGAAAUCAGUUCCAAUCUAUUCAGGCUACCGAUGCACAGGUUCCAUCUACAUCUGAAAUUCCAACAGUCUACGUCAUCCCUUCUUCUCCGCCUGGUUACGACUACCCUGACUUGCGUAAG